AUGGCGACCGGAGACGUGAAGCUGAUCGGCUCAUGGACGAGUGUUUUUGUCAUGAGGGCAAGGAUCGCUCUCAACCUUAAAUCUAUUAGCUACGAAUUCCUCCAGGAGACGUUCGGGUCAAAGAGCGAAUUGCUCCUCAAAUCAAACCCGGUUUACAAGAAGAUUCCGGUUCUGCUUCACGCUGAUAAACCGGUUUGCGAGUCCAACAUCAUUGUUCAGUACAUCGACGAGGCUUGGAGCUCAUCUGAACCGUCCAUUCUCCCGUCCCAACCUUACGACCGGGCCAUCGCUCGGUUCUGGGCUGCCUACAUCGACGAUAAGUGGUUUAUCACUCUGAGAAGUAUCCUAACGGCACAAGGAGAACAAGAGAAGAAAGCAGCUAUAGCUCAAGUCGAAGAAGGGAAUGAGAUUCUAGAGAAAGCGUUAAUCGAUUGUAGCAAAGGAAAACCGUACUUUAACGGUGACCANAUCGGUUACCUCGACAUUGCCCUCGGGAGCUUCUUGGGUUGGUUGAGAGUCAUCGAGUUGGACACCAAUCAUAAUCUUGUUGAUGAAACCAAGACUCCUUCUCUGGCCAAAUGGGCAGAGAAGUUCUACAAUGAUCCUGCAGUGAAGCCUCUCAUGCCCGAGAUUACAAAGCUCGCUGAAUUCGCAAAGAAGCUCUUUCCUAAGUCACAAGCCUAA